ACAUGCUUUGCUGCAGGCCGACAAGAAGAAUCGUCAUGAUGGAGUCCACUGGUGGCUAAAGUGAUAAACCUUAAGUUCAGUUGAAUAAAGUUUGAGACCUUCAUGUUUCUUCAGAGGAGAUCUUUACGGAGGAUUGUAGCCAUUUAGUGACAGCUAGAUAGCUAACUCUGCAGCGGGGAUCGUCGGUAUAGCGUGUCACCAUGGCGACAGACAUCGGCUCGCCGCAGCGCUUCUUCCACAUGCCGCGCUUCCAGCACCAGGCGCCGCGGCAGGUCUUCUACAAGAGGCCCGACUUCGCCCAGCAGCAGGCCAUGCAGCAGCUCACCUUCGACGGCAAGCGCAUGAGGAAGGCUGUGAACCGCAAGACCAUCGACUACAACCCCUCAGUCAUCAGACACCUCGGGAACCGUCUGUGGCAGCGAGACCACCGAGACUUCAGAGCUAUCCAGCCAGACGCAGCAUGUUACAAUGAUAUGGUUCCUCCUGUCGGCAUGUUGAACAACCCGAUGAAUGCCGUCACCACCAAGUUUGUGCGAACCUCGACCAACAAAGUCAAGUGUCCCGUGUUUGUGAUCAGGUGGACCCCUGAAGGCAGACGUCUGGUUACCGGGGCCUCCAGCGGAGAGUUCACUCUGUGGAACGGACUCACCUUCAACUUUGAGACCAUUUUACAGGCCCACGACAGUCCGGUCCGGGCGAUGACCUGGUCUCACAACGACAUGUGGAUGCUGACUGCAGACCACGGAGGCUACGUGAAGUACUGGCAGUCCAACAUGAACAACGUCAAGAUGUUCCAGGCUCACAAGGAGGCCAUUAGAGAAGCCAGCUUUUCUCCGACGGAUAAUAAAUUUGCCACCUGCUCAGAUGACGGCACGGUUCGGAUCUGGGACUUCCUGCGCUGCCACGAGGAGAGGAUCCUCAGAGGUCACGGUGCAGAUGUGAAGUGUGUGGACUGGCAUCCCACUAAAGGUCUGGUGGUCUCCGGCAGUAAGGACAGCCAGCAGCCAAUCAAAUUCUGGGACCCAAAGACGGGACAGAGUCUGGCCACACUACACGCCCACAAGAACACGGUGAUGGAGGUGAAGUGGAACCUGAACGGGAACUGGCUGCUUACCGCGUCACGUGACCACCUGUGCAAACUGUUUGACAUCAGGAACCUGAAGGAGGAGCUGCAGGUGUUCAGAGGACACAAGAAGGAGGCCACAGCUGUGGCCUGGCAUCCGGUCCAUGAAGGCCUGUUUGCGAGCGGCGGCUCUGACGGCUCUCUUCUCUUCUGGCACACCGGGGUGGAGAAGGAGGUGGGGGGGAUGGAGAUGGCCCAUGAGGGGAUGAUCUGGAGUCUGGCCUGGCACCCGCUGGGUCACAUCCUCUGCUCCGGCUCCAACGACCAUACCAGUAAGUUCUGGACCAGGAACCGGCCCGGUGAUAAGAUGAGAGACCGCUACAACCUGAACCUGCUGCCGGGCAUGUCAGAGGACGGCAUGGAGUACGACGACAUGGACCUGAACAGCGUGGCGUCUAUCCCCGGCAUGGGGAUCCCCGAGCAGCUGAAGGCCGCCAUGGAACAGGAGCAGAGCAGUAAAGAGGCGGCUCCAGAGGUGGAGAUGUCCAUCCCGGGUCUGGACUGGGGCAUGGACGAGGUUAUGGGUAAAGACACCAAGAAGGUCCCGCAGAAGAAAGUCCCGUACGCCAAACCUAUCCCAGCGCAGUUCCAACAGGCCUGGGCAGAGAACAAAGUUCCCAUGAUGCCUCCCGGUGGAGAACUGUCCAAAGACCGGAAGGUGGAGCAGAAGGUGGACGGGAAGAAGAAGACUCAGGCCGAGAUGGAGCAGGAGAUGGCAGCUCUACAGUACUCCAACCCCAUGCUGCUGGAGCAAAUGAAGAUGAACCAGAUGAACUCAGACGGGAACAUGGGGCCCCCACAGGGUCAAGGCCCUAUGCCCCCCUUCUCUGGCCCUGGAGGUCCUGGGGGCCCCAUGCCUCCUGGCCAGCAGGGCUUUCCCCCGAACAUGCCUCCUCAGCAGAUGCCCAAUAACAUGGGGCCUCCAAUGGGCCCCGGAGGCAUGCAGCCUCCUUUCAUGCCCCCUGGACAACACAGUGGACAGAUGGGCCCCCCUUCUGGACCCCAGCCUCACCAGGGGCCCCCUCAGGGCAUGAUGGGACCACCGGACAUGCAAGGACCCCAAGGUAUGCAGAGACACCCUGGCCCGCCCAGAAAUAUGGGCCCACAAGGGCCGCACGGUAUGGGACCCAGAGGGAUGCCCCAUGGGAACAUGAUGGGCCCCCCUCCUCGAGGAAUGGGUCCCAGGGAUCCUCAGGGGCCCCCACCUCAGGGUGGCAUGAUGCCACCUCAGGGGAACAUGAUGGGCCCCCAGGGCGGGAUGAUGGGGCCACCACCCAGGACACACGGCAACGCGCCGAACAACUAUGGGAUGGGGCCUCCUGGAGGGAUGCACGGGCCCCCUGGUAACAUACAGGGGCCCCCUGGUAACAUGCAAGGGCCCCAUGGAAACAUGCAAGGACCCCCAGGAAAUAUACAAGGACCCCAUGGAAACAUGCAGGGACCUCCAGGAAACAUGCAGGGACCUCCAUACAUGCAGCACCAGGGUCCGAACUCGGGGCCUAUGAUGCACGGGAUGGGGCAGCAGGGGCCCAACGGUAAAGACCCUCGGGGGCCACCACCGAACCACCACAUGGGCCCUCCAGACCGGCAGGGUCCCGGUGGGCCAGACCAGGGCUCGGGUCCCUACUGGGGGGACAACCAGCAGGGCCGACGAGGUCCACAGGACUUUGACGGAGGCCAGGACUUCCACAGCCGAGGAGAGGAGGGCUGGAGACCGGGACCGGGACCAGGACCAGGACCGGGAUACCAGGGAGGAGGAGGGGGGGGGCACAGGGGGGAGGGCCCCGAGGGGGGGGGCAACGGAGGGAACUGGGGCCCCGACGAGAGGUUCACCGGCGGAGAGUUCAGAGGACGGAGAGACGACAGGUUCAGAGGCGGGCCCGGCCGGCCCGGUGGGCGGGGCUACAGCGAGGACUACGGUGGCCCAGAGGAGGGCUUCGAGGGUCCGGACGAUACGAUUGGUCGAGGCUACGGAGGCCGAGGGAGGCCCCCUCGGGGGGGGGGCCCACCCAGAGGGGGGGGAGGUCACGAUGGUUACUGGGACGCCCAGAUGCAUGAUGGGUCGUCUGCGGCGGGCCGCGAGCGCCCCUCCUCCCUGCAGGGGAUGGACAUGGCGUCUCUGCCGCCGCGGAAACGCCCGUGGCAGGACGGGCCCGGGACGGGAGACCCCCGAGAGAGAGAGGCACCCGCAGCCGACGGAGCUUACCCCCCCCAGAGGGAGGACGGGGGCUACGGUCCGCCUGUUCGUGGCGGUCGGGGGGGCUGGGGUCCUGGAGGACCGGGACCAAGGCGGGGCGGACCGGCGCCCAGGGGACCACCCAGGGGGGGCGUCCGGGGCCGGUAGUCCCGGACAACCAAACUCCCAUGAGCCUCUUCUUCGAGUCCAGACCCUGAGACAAACUUUUGGUCCCGUCAGAUCUCUGCUGCUGCUGCUGCGACGGACGCUGGCUUCUGAUUGGUCCGUACGUACGGACAGGAAGCAGACACCGGAGGCCACAGGAAGCGGAGAUGAUUUUAAUGUAAAAUAUUGUAGAGAAUCGUCAGCCGUCUCUUUUAUUUCGGAGUCACAUGUGUGUUGUCGUGUUGCUUUUUUGUAAAAGAUUUCUAUGUUUUUGUGUUUUCACCGAGGUGAGAAAUAAAGAUUCACACACAUCAAGUCA